GAGGCAGAUCCCGGCGCCCGGUGCCCGGCGCCCGGGGCGCACGGAGGGCGCGCGAAGAGCGCACUGCAGGCGCUUCGCCCGCGGACGAUCCUGCCCUGCCCAGCCCAGCCCCGCGGGGAAGCUCCCGCGCGCAGCCCGCCCCCCGCGCACUUUGCGCGCCCCUUCUCUCCACCCCCGGCCGCGGAUACGCAAAUCCCCUCCCACGCAACCCCUCCUCUUCAUGGCACAAACUUUCCUCCCGGGACAGAACGGGGCAGCGACCGGAGCUUACUCCUGCACUUGGUCUGCCGGCCGGCUCUGAGAGCAGCUGCUGAAAUGGGUUGUGGACUGAAUAAGCUGGAGAAGCGUGAUGAGAAACGGCCUGGUAAUAUUUAUUCAACUCUGAAGAGGCCCCAGGUAGAAACCAAGAUCGAUGUUGCUUAUGAGUACCGCUUCCUGGAGUUUACCACGCUGACUGAUGCGGAGCUCCCGCGCUCCUCCGCCGUCAGGCUCUCCUCCCUGCGGGACCUCCCCACGCAGCUCCAGGAGCUCUACCAGCAGGGCUUCACCCUGGCCACCCUGCACCCCUUCGUGCAGCCCACGGAUGAGCGGGAGAAGACGCCGCAGGAGCAGAUCUUCCGGGCCGUGCUCAUCAAAAAGACAGAGAGAUCCCAGAAGAAUGAUUUUCAUAAUGAAGGAUACAUCCUGGAAUUAGAUUGCUGUUCCUCCCCGGACCACCUGACCGACCAAAAAAUCAUCCCAAAUUUCAUUAAGAAAAUUCAAGAUGCAGCAAGUCGGGGCCUGGAAUUUGUCGGCGUGGUCCCCCAGUACCGUUGCCCUGGAAACUCUGCAGGGAGCAGCCCGCUGACCCCCACUGCCAACGGGGAUGGGAAGAACACAUCGGACCAUUCUGAAGACCUCUCGUCCUUGGAUAGGGAGACGGUGGGGUCUCGGGGUGAUGCAGAGCUCCAGGAACAGGGAAACAGUGACGGACCGGCUGCUGAGCAGCUCACCCCAUCCUCCCCAGGGGAAAAUGGAACCGAUUCACCAGGGAAGGUCGACGGAUCGACAAUCACAGCCGAUGGACGGGAAGGUCCAGACCCGCUGGCUGGAAAAAUGGAGAUUUUCACCAUUUUCAACAAGCCAAAGAGCCAGCAGCAAAAGUGCCGACAGUACUACACCGUCACCAUCCCGCUCCAGGUCUCCAAAAAUGGACGGACGGUCAACAGCCUCGAUGCCAACUGGCUGGAGCACAUGAGCGACCACUUCCGAAAGGGGGGCGUGCUGGUGAACGCCAUCUUUUAUCUCGGAAUGGUAAAUGAUUCCUUACAUGGCUUGACAGAUGGAGUAUUCAUCUUUGAAGAUGUUUCCACCGUAGAGAACAAAACCACACAGGGCUACGAUGCCAUUGUUGUUGAACAAUGGACCGUUCUGGAAGGGGUCGAGGUGCAGACGGAUUACAUCCCACUGCUGAACUCCCUGGCCGCCUACGGCUGGCAGCUCACCUGCGUGCUCCCCACGCCCAUCAUAAAGACAAACAGGGAGGGGAACGUGGCCACCAAGCAAAUUGUCUUCCUUCAGAGACCCUUGCUACCUCAGAAAGCCAAGAAGAAAGAAUCCAAGUUUCAGUGGCGUUUCUCCCGGGAGGACGUGCACAGCCGGCAGAUGAGAAAAUCCAAGUCUAAGCUCAGUGCCCAAGAAAAACAGAAAAUGGAAGAAAAUGAGAAAAACCAAGAAGACCAAGGUCUCAGAGCUGGCAACGCGGGCAACCGCCUUCCUGCCUUCGAUCAGCCGGACGGGGUCCCAAGUGGGGAGGGGGACGGGGCCCCCGACGAGCUGGACGGGGCCCCUCAGGGGGCCGGAGGUGAAGAAGAGGGCCCCCCUUUCUCUGAGGCGGAUGGGACCGCAGCCCACGGAGCCCCCUAUGAGGCAGUGGUCCCCUGCAGCGGGGAGGAGGCGUCGGAGGGGAUCUGACCCGAACCGCGUUUUCCAGAUGACUGGCCACCCCCCUUCCCGGGGAGGACUCGAGCCAGGCCCCCCAGACUCGGUCCCCCCGCUACUUCUUCUUCUUCCAAAGCGACUCUGCACUCACUCUCCUGCCACUUGUUUCUGUGCAUUAGAAAUGUCCCCAAACGUAAGGGUUUGGGCGCUCUUGUGUCCCAGGACCAGCCCCUUGCCCCAAAGCCCCCCGUUCUCCCUCCCUCUGGGGCAUGACACAAGCUUCCUCCUCUGUGGGGCUGGGGAACGCUCAGGCCUUCUGGGCCAGAACCAAGCUUCAGGGGGCCCGUAGCCAACGCCGCUGCGGCCUGGCCCUUUCAGCGGGUCGCCGUGCCCAGGGCCUGUACCCCUGGGAUCCCCUCAUGGCUGCUCACCAGGGGGCCGCUCCCUCAGGGAGAUGCUGAGAUAUCCCCACAGAGCACGGUCCCAGGGAGGGAAGCAGAUGGUGUUUGCUGCCUGUUGUGGAGAAGCCCAUUCAUGUGCUGUGUGAAUCUUGGACCCAGCAUGUCCAGUGCCCACCCUGGCCCACCACCACCCCGGGCGGCCCCCCUCACCUGCGCUUCCUGCAGCCCAAGUCGGUGGCAGAGCCGGCGCCCACGUGAUGCUGAGUCGGGGGGCUGCGUGUCUGGGGAGCCGUGUGUCCUGGGGGCCUCGCUGGGACCAGCAGCAGCCAGGAAGAGCGCUCACGCACCCAGACCCCGGCUGCCCCCUCCUGCUUAGUGACUCACAGCAAUAAAUGCCCCCCCAAGCUCAGCGCACAGCCAAGGAGGCCUCUCCCUCCCACCCCACUCCAGGCCCCUUCGGGGGGAGAGGCACCCCCAGCCCCUCUGCCGCUUCUCAUCCCUCCCCGGCGGCUUCGCGGGCGUGCCUGGAGCAAAGACCAAGAACGAGGGGGGCUCCCAGCAAGAGCUGGGGGGCGGCAGCCGCCGUUCCUGUGGGGCGCAGGCUUUCUCCCGCUGGCGAGUUAUCCAAGUGUACAUAUUUGUAAUAUAUUUUUUACAGAGCAGGCCCACCCGUCAGUGGCGCAUGUGGCUGGGGAGGCUCUUGUAGUCUGGUCUGCCUCCUCUUGCUCAGGGCGGCUCAGGAGGAGGGGGCCUCUUGUGAGAAAGGGGAGGGGUGGGAGAGCUGUGGGAGAGCUGUGGGCUUGAGGUUUUCCCCGGGACAUUUUCCCAGGUGUUCUUGUGUCUGCUACCUGUGUGGCGUCCCAGCUCAAUAAAAGGUUAGCUCUUGGUGCACCCCUGCCCCGUUCCGGCCUCAGUCUGUCGGCGGGCCCGGCUCCUGCCGCAGCCAUUCCCGGGCCUCCGAGAAAGCCCGUUCCACAGCGGGCCCGGCUUCGCUCAGAGCGUCCCCACAGCAACGAGCCCAGCAUUUUUCAAUAAUAAACAUUUAUUUUAGUCCCA